AAGCCAACAACUUCGAAAUUCAUUUCCGUCAGUUAAAUAAAAUAUAAUAAUUGCUUAUAUAAUGUAACAAAACAAAAAAAAAAAUUCAGAACAAAAGAAAAGUCGUGAAUAUUAAUGCACUCGAAUAGUGCUUAAAAUAUGGUAUCACUCCAAAUUUUGACUUUAAUUUAUUUACGCGCAGGCGCCGUGCUAAUAAUGCCAUUUAAUGACAGAGCACCAGUAUAAUUUCACAUAGACGGCUAAAGUGCAUAUAUUUUUCCAAGAAGAUAAACUGCUAUGCUGCAUCAUCAAUUUUGGAUAACGAAAAAAACCGUGCAACGUAAACUUGGCACCAAGGAAGAUGAAUACAUUAUAUCCUCGGAUGCAGAUCUCGAUGCAAAAAUCGAGGUGUUCAAGUCAAUAGCAAACACCAGCUUUGAAUUGGGAAAAAUCAUUGACCAGCUGCAGGAAAGAUUGUGUAUUUUGUCGCAGGAGGAAUGUGUGUUCGGACGUUUUCUCAAAGAAGUAGGAAAACGGAGCAAGACUACUGGUCAAAGUAUUACAAAUACGGGAAAGGCUGUUUCGUACAGUGGGCAACAGCGUAUGUGUGUGCGUGUACCAUUGCUACGACUGCAUCACGAAGUUGAGGUUUUUCGAAGCAGAGCGGUACGCGAUACACAGGCCACGUUGCAGACAAUGGAAAAAGAACGCACUGAAUAUCGUGCUGCGCUUUCUUGGAUGAAGUCGGCCAGCACGGAGUUAGAUCCGGAUACGGGAAAAGGGUUGGACAAAUUUCGUACAGCACAAACACAUGUGCGUGCAGCCAAGCAUAAUUUCGAUAGCCUUUCAAUGGAUUCCAUACAGAAAAUUGAUUUGUUAGCUGCGGCCAGGUGCAAUAUGUAUUCACACGCAUUGGUUUCAUAUAUGAGCGAAUUAAAGGAGUUCGCACAGAAAACAUCAAGUACAUUUGAAACAAUUUCCAAGUCUUUGCUGCAAAAACCUAAAUAUGAUUUUUGUGUGCUCAAGGAGCUAACUCAAAAUGAAGGUCUUGCCGAUGAUGAAAAAAUCGACGACAUUGUGGCGUUGGAUAAAGAUCAGUCGCUGUUCUUUGAGAGUGAAUAUAGCGAUGAAAAGCAUAAACAAAGCGAAAAUAAAGAUGCGAAAACUGAUAUAUUGGAGACUGUUGCAGCGAAUGAUAACACUCUGAUUGAAUUGACGCCUAAUGUUGAUGAUGAACAUAUAAUACCAUCCGAGCCAAUUGACCAAAGCAAUACAGCUACGAACCAAAGUAUUUGGUCUGGCCUAUGGCCACUUGGUCAGAUCGGUAAUAAUAAUAAUAACGUCAAACCAAAUACCAUGAAUUCACCGGCUCAAAAUAUGAAUACAACAGAAAAGACCACCUCUGAAACUCUAGCUAAAACAACGAAGUCUACUAAUUGGAUGGAUCUUUUUGCAGAGUUGGACCCUUUAGCUAAUCCCGAGGCAUUUGAUUUGAAACUCAGUGGGGGCCGUGUAAAUGCACAACAAAUAUAAAUUGUUUUGAAACACAUAUUUUGUAUUGCACAUAAAACUUCAUUUGUGCAUUGCCAAUAGAUAGCAAUGAUUGAAAUUGUUUUUAAUGUAAUUUGGACACUAAUGAAAAUAUCUUUUUUUACAGAAAAAAAUUCAUCUUAGAUAUAAGCUUUCUUCUUGGUAUUAUUUUAUCGCGGAAAAGUGUACUUUUCAUUUAAUGUUUCGGAACUUCUCCAAUUACUUAUUUCAAUCAAACCCUAACAAAUACUUACGCAUGAGAAAUAUACUUUUUCGCUAAUAAAUUAGUACAAUAAGUUAACCACGAAAUGUAUCGGCUGUCAGUAAGCUGUUUUAUUUUAUUGUUAGCGACAUUAACACUUCACAACUAACUAGUGCUUGAUUGUCACCAUUAAAGUACAAGUAUAAUGCGCCAUUAAUCACAAUACUAUUUCUCUCUAUAUGAUUUAACGUGUGUUUAUUUGAAUUAUAUUACAUAAAAUCCUUUAAAGGGACAAAUAAAUAA